GCCGGUCUAGGUUGCGCCACGGCCAAACCAAAACCAGCACGAUGCUGCCGUUGGUCAAGCCCAUCAGCCCCAGCGGUUUCUUUCCUGCCUUUUUCUCUUAGGCCUGCUGCGUUUCGAUCCCUUCCUUCUCAUCCCCUCUGUCUGCCGCGAUCCAAUACCGCCACUCGGCCAAUUCAUCGCCGGCCUCGCUAUUGAUCAGGCAGGCCACUCUCCCCUCCCUGGCUGGAUCGAAUCGCGCUUCCGGCCAUCACUCCACUCUUUCCAGCGCCCGCCCCUCCAAGCAUGAUCGCUGGUGCCCGGUGGAAACCGCCCAGCAGCUCGUCUAAUUAGCUCCGCCCGGCCCUGCGCCGACGACGCAUUUCAGCUCGGGGUUCCGGCGGCCCACCUCCAGCGACCGAUGCAGCUCGAGAAGGACGGCAUCGUCAUGUCGCCUCCAGACUCGGACAUGGACGACUUCGAUUCGGCCGAGACGUCGUCCACCGAACGCGCCCCCUCCACGAAGCCGCCUGCGCUGGCCAGCUCGCCUGGAACCAAAAUGCUCAAGGGGAAGGCAAAGGAAUGGAGCAGCCAGAGGGAGACUCCGCUGACCCUGCUCGAGCUUCCGGUUGACAUUCUUCGACUGAUUGUCAAGGAGAUAACCCAUACAAACGAUCUCACCUCGCUUGCAUUAGCCAAUUCUAUGUUGCACACCCUGGCGAUCCCGCACAUUUACGCCAGGUUCGACAUUGUAUGGCCCGAUGCCCACAUGACGACAUCCGACACCAAGAGUGUCGACGCCUUGACAUACGGCCUAUCGACGCUGAGCCUGGGCAGUGGCUUCAGUCGUAUCAGGCAAAGACUCGCCCGCCAAGGCUCUCGGAGCGACGGCCGUCCGCCCUUCAACCCCGCCGGCAACAGCUAUGCGCUCCACACACGCAAGUUCUCGCUCGGGAACGGCCCCCAGGACUGGGUCGCCGAGUACAUGAUUGCCAAAGAGAGCGGCAAGAUGCUGGGCACGCUCGUAGCCAUGGCCGUUGCCAAAAUGGCAAACCUGGAAGCAUUUGUGUGGGAUAUGCCCACGGGCGUGCUCGCCGAGAUCUUUCUGGCCCUGGCGUCCCUGCCUGACCACCACGAUGACGGCGAUUGUAACCUGGAACGAGUUUGGAUCCGCUGGCACGACAACAGUGACGCGACUCCUGACCCUGGGAACCCAGUGACGGGCCCUGGACCUGUGAUUUAUCACGUGGUUCUUCCCAAUGACAGCACCAUGACCCAGGUUGGUAUCAAGAUCCCAUCCAACACAAAUCACCCGAAGCCGUUGCCCGCCAUACCCUAUUCUGCCAGCGUUGUCGAGUAUCCUACUUUCAGUGUCCUCCCACCCCUCAAGAGCCUCACGGUUCUAGACAUCGAUGAGCUCGCCUACCUCGACGAGAUGGCUAUGCUCAUCGAGAGGUCGCAGACCAAGCUGAAAGAGCUUCGCGUCGGCAUGUCGGCCAAGGUUCAGCACAAGGAGUGGAUUCAACCGUGGGACGGACCUGAGCUGCAGCAGGUUGAUCAUGACGCACACUGGCCCGGCGCGAGCACGAUUGGGAAACGCAGGCUUGGUGGUGUACUUGGGACGCUCGUCGGGCGAAUCUAUGAUAUUCGAAAGCCAGGGGUGAGGCACCGCGAGAGGACAACAACGACAGCCCCGACAGUCGAGACCCCUAUCGAGCAAGUCGGCGGGACCGAGUCUACGGAUUUAAAUGACGUGGCGCAACCCAUGGCAGACCCGUCGAGCGAACAACAAUUGACGAAUGGCAACGGACCAAAGCCGCAGAAGAUGGAGGCUCACGGGCAGACUGGGGACCAGACUCAGAAUUCGGACAGCAAUGGAAAUUACCAGAGUCCAAGUCAGGAUGCAGCCACAAUGGAGCAGGAGGCCGUACGCGAAGUCAGGCGGCAGGCUGAUGUCUCAGGCCAGGUAAAGGGGGAUGGCCAAUCAAAGGCCAAAGCGGAGGCACCAGUGCGCAAGCGUCUGGAAGGAAAGUUGAGGCUACAUACCCUGGAGCUGGAGAGGAUCUCGUUGUCGAUUCAGGUUUGCAUUCGGGCAUUUGACUGGACGACACUCACAAACCUCACCAUUCUGGAGUGUGGCCAAAACGAGACUCUAUGGAAGCUGCUGAGAUAUCAGUUCCAGCCAAUCCAAGUGAGUGGUGGAUACGGCAUCUCGCCUCUGAGCCGGCACGCCGGCACGCCGCAGAUGCAGUACCGGCUCUGUCUAAAACACAUCCACACCGACUUGACCUCGGCGCCUCUGAUCAGCUUCAUCAACGAAACCCUUGCGCCGAACACGCUUGAGGUGCUGUUCUUACAGGAUCGACGCAGGGGCCCGGCCCCUCCUCUUGUCACGGUUGAUGCCAUCUUCAAGGGCGCAUUGAAGCGUCACAGAUCGAGUCUGCGGAAACUAUUGCUGGACAGCUCGGUCAAGGUCAUCCCAGGGGUGCAGACCAGCCCUGCAGAAAACAACAGGUGGACUCACUGGGUAUUGACGACAGAGAUGGUGCUCUACAUUACGAGCGGGCGUAUGAGCAACCUGCGAGAGCUUGCGGCCUCUCUUGCCUACGUGGAUUGGCACACCUUUCUGCGACGCCUGCCAAAUAUUGCGCAGUUAAGGUCGCUGAACAUCCCCCGUAUCGGAGAUCACAUUAUGAAUAAUGUCGAGCCCAAAGAGCUGGCCAUGCAGAUCGCCGACAUUAUAACACUGCGACCCGAGAUACAGCUCUGCUACAUAGGCAUCUCGACCAAAUGCUUCGAGGUGCUCGAGACCCCGGCCGAGGAGCGCGACAAUAGUCCUAUCAACGGGGGUGCAGGAUCCGGCUCGGACAUUCCCAGCGGUGAAAACGGCACUGUGGGAGCGAGUAACAACACUGGCGGACAGCUCUCGGAUAACGAGUCUAUCGUCGAGGCCGAGUCGGACGGUGAGGCUCAAGGCGAAACGAGCGAGGAAGAGGACCAUGACGAGACCGAAGACGAGGAUGGCGCAGCGCCGACGAAUGCCGUGGGCGAUGCGGACGAGACACAAUCAGAGGGCCACUCGGACGGCGGCGACGACUCGGACGACUCGGACGGCUUCGUUGACCCUGACCACGCCCAAGAUAACGCAAGGCUGCGUCUCCGGGAAAUUCUGUUUUAUGAUGAUAAGGUCGCCAUCUUCAAAGCCAGACAUGGCCGACUGUAGUACAGCGAGCCCCCAACGUUAUAUUUGCGUUGACCGCUGCUCGCUGUUCUCGGCCACGAGGCUGGCGGUCAAUUACAUUACAGCCCACAUACUGCUUUGAUUUGGAGCGUGAGAAGAGCAUCGGGUAGGACAGGAUGAAAGUGGAUCUGUCUUUUUUCCACGAUUUUUCUUGUCAUUUGCCCUCGCCCGGCUUUCUGCAACCUUGCGCCGCAAGAUUGUUCGCAUUUUUCUUUGCUAUUUUCUCCCACAAUACCCACGAACAGCAUUGACGACAACGACAGUUUACGACCUUUCCAUUGCUUAGCUGGCAUGGGCAUCUGGAUGCAAUGCCCUUUCUUUUACUUUAGUACGAUUUCAGCACGGUUGCAACUUCUACCAUGGGCCGGUGCCUCAAUUCAUCAUGUACUUUCGGGGUUUUUUUUAUCUACACUAACAUAUCACGCACGCCAGCGAUGUUCAUGACAGUGACGCUGCCCCAAUGCUUGUGUGUCGUCAUUCCGUUUAUAUGUCAGGAGG